UGUUGGAGUUAACCUUGUUGUUUAUAAUUUCGUCAUGUUUAAUUUAGUUUAUUUGGAGUCUUUGAUGCAUUUUGGACUAGAGUGUUAGUGCACGGCGGGAUGAGUCAUGCCAAGUAGUGUGCGUCGUGUGACACCGUGCAUAUGUUGUAGCGGUACUGAAGUGUGUGUGUGUGCCGUUGCAUUAGUGUUAGUCUAAUUUGGGUCAAUUAGUUAAGUUGGUCAAUUAAGUUAUUCACAUGCAUGUAAAUAGUUUGGGUACGCAUGCAUGGAGGUUGUGGAGUGAGUGGGUCUCAUUGUGGAGUGGUGUAACUACUUUGUACGUGGGAUGUUUUCUUUGUUUAUAAAUUGAAAAUGUGUGCGUCAAAGUCAUGUGGCUUUGAGCACCACAAAAAAUAGCUACGUGAGUUCUUGUUUCUCUAUACGUAUGCAUGCAUAAGUCUUAGGAGUAACUUCAAUUCGAGCUCCAUUAUGCUUUGAAAAACUAAAGCUACGUACGUAAUUGUUUUUCUUUCAAAGCAUUUCCAACAUUUGGUAUCAGAGCCAUGGCCGGUGAAGGUUCGCGCACUCCGUCACGCUCGCCAGUACGACGUGGGCGGAGCCCGACGCGGCGAGGCGGCCGCGAGGUGGUGGUACAACAACGUGUCGUCCACCAGGCCAGCAGCACCGUUGUCUACCCGACGUUGACGGCGACAAACUAUUUCGAGUGGGUGCUCAUCAUGAAGGUGAACAUGGAGGCCCAAGGCGUGUGGGACGCUGUCGAGGGUGGCGGGAGCUUUAGCGAGGAUAGGGUGGCGCUAGCGGCAAUUCUGCGAGCCGUGCCACCGGAGAUGCUCUCCACGCUUGCCGUGAAGGCGACGGCAAAAGAGGCAUGGGACUCCAUCAAGACCAUGCGUGUGGGCGAUGAGCGUGUCCGUGAGGCCAAGACACAAACUCUACUCAAGGAAUUUGAUUCCGUUCGCAUGCGGAGCGGUGAGACGAUCGACGACCUCGCCAUGCGCAUGAACGGACUCGCCAACAAGAUUCGCACCCUCGGUGAGACCUUCGAGGAGGUGAAGGUCGUGAAGAAACUUCUUCGAAUCGUGCCAUCCAAGUACACCCAGGUAGCUAUUGCAAUUGAGCAACUUAUGGAUCUUAAAACCAUGUCCAUGGAGGAGCUUGCGGGAAGGCUCAAAACAAUGGAGGAUAGGAGUGAUGCUGACGACGUCGCCGACAACAAUGACCAUGGGGGUGGAGGUCAAUUGCUCCUCACGGAGGAGGAGUGGCUUUCUCGCUACCGUGGCCGGACCAGCAAGAAGAAAAGUACGUUUGACAUUCGUAAGGUUCGGUGUUACAAUUGUCAAGAGUAUGGGCAUUUCUCCAAGGAUUGCACCGCACCAAGGAAGGAGCAGGCACAUCUCGCCGUCAUGACCGACGACGACGAGCCGGCGCUGCUGUGAUGGUCUGCGAGGAGUUCAAAAUAAAUGAAAACAAGGUUAAGGGGGUGAUUGUUGGAGUUAACCUUGUUGUUUAUAAUUUCGUCAUGUUUAAUUUAGUUUAUUUGGACUCUUUGAUGCAUUUUGGACUAGAGUGUUAGUGCACGGCGGGAUGAGUCAUGCCAAGUAGUGUGCGUCGUGUGACACCGUGCAUAUGUUGUAGCGGUACUGAAGUGUGUGUGUGUGCCGUUGCAUUAGUGUUAGUCUAAUUUGGGUCAAUUAGUUAAGUUGGUCAAUUAAGUUAUUCACAUGCAUGUAAAUAGUUUGGGUACGCAUGCAUGGAGGUUGUGGAGUGAGUGGGUCUCAUUGUGGAGUGGUGUAACUACUUUGUACGUGGGAUGUUUUCUUUGUUUAUAAAUUGAAAAUGUGUGCGUCAAAGUCAUGUGGCUUUGAGCACCACAAAAAAUAGCUACGUGAGUUCUUGUUUCUCUAUACGUAUGCAUGCAUAAGUCUUAGGAGUAACUUCAAUUCGAGCUCCAUUAUGCUUUGAAAAACUAAAGCUACGUACGUAAUUGUUUUUCUUUCAAAGCAUUUCCAACAGGAUACACAUGUAUUUACCGGCGGGGGCGGCGGUAAGGAGACCGAUUUUUUCGUGAAGGGGUUCAGAACGCGGAGCUCGCCAAGGUGUCCACUGUGAGUGUAAGGCUGAUAGAGGAUCAAACCGUUAGAAGAAUUGAUGAACUUGCCUAGCUCUUGUUCUUGAGUCGGGCACUCGAUUUUUCUACUGUCGGGAAUGUCAAGAGGGAUUAUCUUGCAUUUCACAUUUGAUUUCGUCGGCGGUAUGGAUUUAAAGACAUAUAACAACCCCACACCGCCGCCGCGCCGCUGCUGGCUGCCGUAUCUCUGGAUGAAAAAGGGGUGGGUAAUCAAAUCGUUCCAUGAUUUCGAUACGAUCCUGAAUUUGUAAACUGAUUUGGGAGGCAAACAAACUAGAAUUCCUGUGAUUAUUUGGUCAUCCAUGGCAGAUCUGCUUGCCCAUAAAAGACUUGCAAUUAGGAAUAGAAUUAUUGAUCAUCCUUUUGGUUUGCUAAAAAAGACUACAAUUCAG